AUAAUACUUAUCAUUUAUCCUAUUUAUUUUACUAAUAUUGUCAGUAUCAAAAUGAAUUUCUUAAGUGUGAGAUCUGUGGCUGCCAGAAUAAUAAAUUAUUUUAAAGGAAGAAAACCACAUUUAACGAGAAUUGCAGUUAAUUAUCACCUUGAUUUUCACAAUGAGUGACGCUGGAAAAAAUUCCGAAACUUCUAACGAUAAAUUCGAAGAAUAUGUUACAAAAAUACUUGAAAGUGAUAACAAUUUUCUCGAAGAAGCAGAAAGGAGCUUCGAAGAUCCAGAAUCAACACAAAUUCCGAAACAACCACAAAUUUUAGAACCAAUGCAAACGGAAGUAAUGAAUGGAAAUGGAAACGAAAUUUCAUAUACAAGUAAUGAGGAAUUUCAUGCCAUCGAAAUAAACGAUUUUAAUGUCGAGGUCAUAGCGUUUGUUGACAGUAUUCAGGCUUCAAAAACAGUAAAAUCUCAAAAUAAAAAAAAUGAUGAAGAAAUUUUGUACCGCGUAAUGUCAUUUAUGCUAAAUAAUAGCGAAGGAACUCGAUGCAUUGUCUCAGUGUGGGGUGACGAAAUUGAUCGAAUUGAACCUGAUCUUCGAGUAAAUAUGGUUAUUCAUAUCGAAGGAGCUGUAGCCAGCAAAUUCAAAAAUAACCGAUGGAACAAUAGUACCCUUAAUUAUCAAUUAUUGAUAAAACCACACACCAAACUAAAUUUAUUAAAAAUGGAAAAUGUUAAAAACAUUAAUUUUCAAAAUAAUUUAAAAUUAAUCGAAUUUGAAGACUUGAAAACGGAACAAGGAUUGAUUAAAUUACAAGGUUUCGUUAAAUCCGCAUUUCGAUUUUUAAAAUAUAAAAUUGGGAAAAAUGUAAUUUCGUAUGGAUGUGGGUCCAUUACUAAUGGAAAAAAGAAGAUUGAGGUGCGGAUUCAAAAUUUUCCUGAUGAUGAAAAUUAUGAAUUUUUAAGUAAAGGUGACCAUGUAGAGAUCCAAGGACAUAUCAAAUUUACAAAAGAAGAAAACAUCAUCUAUUUGAUGGCAGAAAGGGAAGAUUGGAUCCAAAUUAUGGACAAAGAUAAAAUGCCGUUCCAUAAAUUAUUAAAUAUAUUUGAAGUCGUAAAGAAAAAUAUUUAAUUUAAAAAAAUUUCGUUUCAAAUAAUUAUAAUUUAUAUUUAAAAAUGAUAUAAUGUAAUUAUUAUUUUAUUUAAUAUAUAAAUAUAAAUUAUAAAAUUGCUAAUUUAA